CCAAUAGGAAGCGUGGGCGUUUGGCGGGCGCGCGCCGGUUCCGGACCCUAUUAAAGGUCCAUUAAAAUGGAGCCGGCAGAAGCGGAGUUUAUGGCCGAGAAGGAGCUGGUGACCAUCGUACCCAGCUUCAGCAUGGACACAGUGCACCUGAUCGGGGGGGAUCUGGGCCCUUUCAACCCCGGUUUGCCUGUAGAAGUGCCGGUCUGGUUGGCCAUCAAUCUGAAACAGAGGCAGAAAUGUCGCCUGAUCCCACCAGAGUGGAUGGAUGUGGAAAAGCUGGAGGAAAUCCGGGACCAAGAACGCAAAGAAGACACCUUCACUCCGAUGCCCAGCCCCUAUUACAUGGAGCUCACCAAGCUGCUCUUAAACUACGCCUCUGACAACAUCCCCAAAGCAGACGAGAUCCGGACGCUGGUGAAGGACACGUGGGACACACGGAUGGCCAAACUAAGGCUGUCUGCAGACAGCUUCGUGAGGCAGCAGGAGGCCCAUGCCAAGCUGGACAACCUGACGCUGAUGGAGAUCAACACCAUUGGGACUUUCCUUACUCAAGCCUUGGAUCACAUGUACAAACUCCGGACCAACCUUCAGCCUUCGGGAAGCGCCGAGUCCCAGGAUUUCUGAGCUCUUCUGCCCACACCAGCCCUCCAUGUAUGUACAUCCACUGUGCCAACCUCCACCUCCCUGUGCACAUCCCCCAGCACCCUGUGAGUUGGGUUAUCUACAUGCAGCCCAUCCUUGGCAGCAGCUGCUUCCCCUGCUGCUCCCACACAGCCUGGGGAGGGAGCAGGGAGCUGCUGCAGGGCUCCAUGAAGCUCUCACCUCCCCUUAGCAGCACUUCACCUCCCUUUGGUUCAGAGGCUGCUGCCAAAGAUGCUCGCGGAUACAGGUGGUGUCUUGCCAGCAUCCAGCUAAUGAUGUCGGGCAGAUCCCUCUGCCCUGCAGAGCGUGGGUGUACUUCAUAGAGGGAACUUCUGAGGGCAGCACAGGCCACACACUGGCUUGAAAGCAAUGGAUUUCAAGGCGGUGCUUCACUCAGAGCCUCCAAACAGGGAAAGAUUGUGCCGGCAGGGAGAGCGCUGGGAGGCACAUCCAUCUGCUCCUUGGAGAAGGACAAAAGGAAAUGGCUUUUCCCUCUCUGAGCCAGGCUGGUCGGUGCUAUUAAACAUCCCAGCACCUGGGUGACCACCAGCUGGUUGAGCAGGACCCCGAGAGGGACAGGGAGGGGGAUAAGGACCCCAAAAGGGGAUGGCAAAGCUGAUCCAGCUCCUGCCCAAGGGGAUGUGCAAAUGGAACCUUGAUAUUACAGGCUGGCAUGGGAAGGAAAGGGGGGGGGGGUGGAUCUCAGCAUAGAAGCAAAGCUGCAGCAGCUGCAGCCACGAGGGCUGUGAAUGGCCAACCAUUUUCCAUCCCUAUCCUCCCUCCUGCACGCAAGGAAGGAGAGCAGUGAGAACACAAGGAGCUGAAGGCAGAGGUCACCUUUUCCUUUGAGCUUAUCUGGUGGCAAACAAGGAACAGCUUCCCCUGGGAGCACAGCCCUGUGCCCACCAAUGUGCUCUCAUUAUCUUAGGGGGGGGAUUUGGGGCUGCUCCCCAUGCUGCCCUAUAAGUAGUGACUCCCCAGCACUCAUCACUAUGCAAUGCUUAUGGCUGCCCCAUUGCAUAAGUGAAGGGGGGGGGGCUGCUAUAAACAUGAAGAGGAGGAAUAAAAACCAAAUAAAAAGGAGGGUGGGGGGGCAAAAAACAUAAAGCAGAACCAUAGUUUAAAAAAAAAAAAAGGCAAGCUUUGUUUUC